AGGAAACGCCAUGCAAGAGCAGAGAAGCGAUCACGCUUCCCCGCACCGUUGCACAAUACAGUGCGAUCAAGAUGUGCUUUAACCCGCCUCGCUGAUGUCCAGGAGCAGUCACACUCCUCGGAUCUUUGCUCCGUGCCCCUUCCAGUGCAGGCUAGGAGGAUCUGACUGCUAUCCGAACGAGAGGGUAGCCUUCCCAGCCUGCUCGGCUUGAAAACAUCGGGGCUGGUCAGCGGGGUGGAAGAGAGAGGAGGCUUCGUCGCGGAAAAAAAAGGAGGUGUCUGCCUUUUUUUCUCCCCUCAGCCAUGAGGGAGUACAAAGUGGUUGUUUUGGGCUCGGGUGGAGUCGGCAAAUCCGCGUUGACGGUCCAGUUCGUGACGGGCUCCUUCAUCGAGAAGUACGACCCCACCAUAGAGGAUUUCUACAGGAAGGAGAUCGAGGUGGACUCGUCCCCGUCGGUGCUGGAAAUCCUGGACACGGCAGGGACUGAGCAGUUCGCCUCCAUGCGAGAUCUCUACAUCAAGAACGGGCAGGGGUUUAUUUUAGUUUACAGCCUGGUCAACCAGCAGAGCUUUCAGGACAUCAAGCCCAUGAGAGACCAGAUCAUCCGGGUGAAGCGGUACGAGAGGGUGCCCAUGAUCCUGGUGGGAAACAAGGUGGAUCUGGAGGGGGAGAGAGAGGUGUCUUCCGGGGAAGGCAAGGCGCUGGCUCAAGACUGGAGCUGCCCGUUUAUGGAAACUUCAGCCAAAAAUAAAGGAUCAGUCGACGAACUGUUUGCAGAAAUAGUGAGACAGAUGAACUAUUCAACUGUUCCAAGUGGUGGCGACCAGUGCUGCUCGUGUGUCCUGCUAUAAAACCAUUAAAAAACAAACGCACGUGAAGAAACUGCGCAGAAUUUGAGCUUAGAAGUUGUGCUGCAGGGCUUCUUGCGAAAAUAUCUCCUCACACUGUUGUCUUAUUGUUGCACACAAACAAAAAUCGACAACAACAAUCGAUUAUGUAUCAUAGUCUGGAAAAUUGUUUACAUGACAAAGUACUUGAAUGUUUUGGGAUUUUCUUUUUUCUUUCUGAUUUUUUUUUUAAUGGCUUUGUAUUUGACACUUCUCUGGAACUGUGCCUCAAUGGGAAUGUCUAAUUGUGAAACCUAAGAGACACGUCUUUAUCUGUUCAUUUUUCUAGUUUGUGUUAUUUUAGUUUACUGUUAUAUCUUCUGGGCUUGGUUCUUCUGUUUUGGAGAUUAAUUGUGAUGGUGGUGGUGAUGAUGGUUAUGUCAAAUCCCCAAGCAGGCAGAAGAUAGGCACUUUUAGGGCCUUUUGGUUGGAGAAGGCCUGAAAGCAUUAAAAAGGAAACAUCUCAGAAACUCACCACUCAAGCCUUGCACAGGUUGCUUAAAUCCAGUCUUGUAUAAUUCCUCCAAAUUUUCAAGUAUAAUCCAAGAGGCACAGGCCCACCUACUGAGAAACUGCAUCUAAAGCUUUGGAGUGGAGAUGUGUUAUGCUAAUAUACCCCCCCUCAAGUUUGGUGAUUUUAUUAUUAUUAUUUUUAUAACAGAUCUUGCACCCAGCUGAUGGUGUGCCUCCUCCAUGUGCACAAACAAGGAUGUUGGUGCACUGCUGUCGCUGCAUGGGGAACGCCACAACCCCCCCAUGUCAAGUGCCUUCCCUAAGAAAUCUCCUGUGACUGUGCCAACUGAUGAGCCCUACUUCCUCUUCAGUGCGUCUUGAUGGCAAUCAGAACUUUUUACACUCUGAUUUCAUUUGGUGUCAAAGUUUACUGUCAGGAGGCGAAGCUUUUAAUAGACCUGCUGUUUCAGGGUCAGAUUCUAAAGGUACUAGUCUUAGAAAAAAGCAAACUUUUCCCACUGGGAUUUUUGGUUAAGUGAAUGGCAAGCCAUGUCUAUAUGUAUUAUCUUGACUUUUCUUUGCUUUUCUAAAAUGUGACAUUUUUGACUUACCGUAAUUGUAAAUCUCCUUGUGGAUUCUGCUAUCCACCUGUCAGUUUCGAAGCAGUUGUAAUACAAAACACAUUUUACUUAA